GGGACUCUCUUCCACAAAGAACAAAUCCAACACAACACACACUCAUUUAGCACUGGUUGCUUUCGACAUUCACUCUUCCUAUCCUAACAACAAAUACAACUGCAACAACAACACCACCACCACCAAAAUGCACUUCUCCGCCCUCACAGCCUUCGUGGCCCUCGCAGCCGCCAGCCCAUUGGCCCUCCCCCAAAACGCCGGCAGCGGCGGCAACACCCGCUCCAACAGCUGCGACGUAACCUCCGAACCAAAGGCCGUCCGCGGCAGCGGUCCCGUCCCCGUUCUCGACGACUGCAACAAAAUGCGCGACCAAAUCCAAAACAAAGAAGAAUCCUGGACAAUCACCGGCCCAGCCGAACUCGGAAAAUUCGGCACGUGCCGCUUCGUCGUGACAACCGUGACAGGCGGCGACAAAGCGUUCGUUGGUGUGAGCGAUGUGAAGGAUCUCAUUGGUACUGCUGUUCACUCUUGGACGCAGGCGCUGCAGGAUGGAAGUGCGGGUCCGACAUCAUACCAGGGAACGAUUACGCAGCAGGUUGGUGUGGAGGCCAAUGUGCCUUGCGAUAGCGCUUCAGCUUCGGGUGCGAGGCAGGUGACGAUUAAGUGGUCGAUUGAGCACUCGAAGUAAGAGGUUUGCUUCCAUGGGGAGGAGGAUGGAGGAAGGAAGUGUUUUGGCAGUUGGUGUCGAGCUUGUGACAAGCAAGUUGUAUUCCCGAGUUCCUUUUUCGAAAUGUGUGCAUUAGUCGUGUACAACAGCAGAUGUCGAACGACAAAAAUGUCAAUGGUGCAUUCGACGACAGCCUUGCAUGAUCCAGUCCAGAGCUUUGGGAACACAUUGAAAGUGACCGCGAUGUUUUGUAGACCUCGCUCUGGCUCCGAGAUGGACAGAACAUUCGGUGCAGACAAGGCCAGUGCCAGACUGCCACUGCGCAACUGGCUGGGUCGCAUUAGCCGGAGUUCCAGUUUCUGAUGUCGAAGAUCGAC